AUGGUGCUGCUUAUUUCACACAGCAAAGCCAAGGCGCAUGCGCGCGGACCACGGAAAAAAACCGCCGAGGCAGAGCGGCCCCACGGGUGCGAGCAGUGCGGGAAGGCAUUCGCGCAGGCCGGCGCCCUGGCCAAGCACCGCCGGGUCCACACCGGGGAGAAGCCCUACCGCUGCCCGGUCUGCACCAAGGCCUUCGCCCUCUCCUCGGGGCUGGUCCUCCACAAGCGCACCCACACCGGGGAGCGGCCCCAUGCCUGCCUGCUCUGCGGCAAGGCCUUCAUCUCCUCGUCGCACCUCGCCCUCCACCUCCGCUCCCACACGGGCGAGCGGAAGUACCAGUGCCCCAUCUGCGGGAAGCUCUUCCUCCAGUCCUCUCACCUGGUGCGCCACAAGGCCAUCCACACCGGCGAGAGGCCCUUCAAGUGCGAGGACUGCGGCAAGCUCUUCGGGCGCGCCUCGCACCUCGAGACCCACCGCCGCGUGCAUACAGGCGAGAGGCCUUUCAAGUGCCUGCAGUGCGAGAAGGCCUUCACACAGAAGGCUGGGCUGGUCCUCCACAUCCGCCUGCACACUGGGGAACGGCCGUACAAGUGCGACAAGUGUGGGAAGAACUUCCGCUCCUCUGCCCACCUCAUGUCACACCAGCUUCUUGAGUCAGGCGAGAGGAACUUCAAGUGCUCCACCUGUGGGAAGGCCUUCAAGCAGGCGUCGUCCCUCAAGCAGCACCUGAAGACCCACGAGGCACGCGAGCCUCACCACUGCUCAGUCUGCAGCAGAGCCUUUUCCAGGUCCUCUUACCUCCAGCUUCACAUGAGAACACACAGUGGGGAGCGGCCGUACCACUGUUUGCUUUGCAACCGGACAUAUGCCAAAAUUUCCACCUUUGAAAAACAUUGUAAAAAGCACCAGCAGGAUGAAGAGAGGCCUGAUGCUGGACCCAGGUCGAUGACUACCAGGGCAAAAGCACUGGCUGAAAAGAAAAAGCAGGAGCAGAAAUGGCAACACCAAGAUGACAGCCUCGAGCAACCUCACCAGGCUGACCCAAAGCAGCAGCAGGUGGAAAGGCUGUAAAGGUCACUAAAACAAGAACUGUUUCUGGCCCUCUGCAACAUGGCGCAUGGGAGCUAGAGUGUCUGGUUUAAUAUUUAUUAAAAGAAGAUGACAUGCUGCACCAGCAUUACUCCAGAGCGUGUUUCCAAAUGGAAUUCUUCCUCUGACACAAGGUUCAAUUAAAACAGUUCUCUGGGGUGCAGCAGAUACGUAAAAGUCUGCUGAGGCUCCCCGCAGUCAGUGUAGCGUGGUUACAGUUACAGGCCCGUUCACGGGCCCCGGUGGUUUUGUUUCAGGUCAGCAGCAUUUUCUAACAUAGACUUCCAGGUGUUCCUGACCAAAGCACCUGCUUUUACCCAGGUUGAAUAGGGGGAUGCUUCUUUGUAUGCGGAAAUAAAUUAAGUUGUAGUCUCUUAAACAAAGGCAAAGGUUUCGUUUGAAGAGGCAAGAGAGGCGGCACACCUACAGAAAACAAAUUUGUACCAACAGUGGGUUUAGGAAGCAACCAGAAAUUUAUCCUGCAAAACGUGAUUUGUUUUUAAAAGUCCAGUACAGAGCAAGAAGAUAGCAUCUUUGAGCCUUUUCUGUUUUUCUCCCUGUUAAUUACAACAAGGCAUUGUACUUAGCAUCCAGAUAAUGCUGUGUAUGAAGUGCGUUUAAAGCACGGCAGGUUUUAUCUCAAGCAUGGUUAAGCAACUUAACUCAUCUUUCUCAAAACUAAUGAAGACAGGUGUCAAAAAUCUGUAAUUCAUCUUAAAUUGAAUGAGUCUGACAUUUGAAAUACCAUCUUGUAGUAAAGGUACAAGAAUGAUUUUUUUUUUUUUUUUUUUUUUUUUUUUUUUUUUUUUUUACCC